CAGUCGCUGACUAACUAUUUUUAUCCCUGCUGAACAAGUAAUUAUAACGACCUAAUGUUAACCAUACAGUUACAACGAGCAUUCCACCGGAUAAAUCCAGGUGCAGUAAACUUGGCUAGAAGCUUCUCACGCUCGAGACCCCAGAUGUUGGCCACUACAACCUUAACUCCUCUUGAGCAAACACAUGUUUCCACAGAUAUUUCACCUCCGGAAGGAUCAGGAAUAACCCUUAAGAAUGCGAAUAGGGAUGACUCUGAAUUCGGUACUCGUCCAAUCUACUUAGAUUUCCAAGCUACGACCCCAACUGACCCAAGAGUAUUGGAUAAAAUGUUGGAAUUCUACACCGGUUUAUAUGGGAACCCCCACUCAUCUACUCACUCUUACGGCUGGGAAACCGAUAAAGCAGUAGAAAAGGCCAGAGAGCACGUGGCAGCCGUGAUUGGUGCUGACCCCAAGGAAAUCAUAUUCACUUCUGGUGCUACUGAGUCGAAUAACAUGGUUAUUAAGGGUAUAUCCAGAUUCUACAAAAAGACCAAGAAACAUAUCAUCACCACCCAAACUGAACAUAAGUGUGUUUUGGACAGUGCCCGUCAUAUGAAAGAUGAAGGCUUUGAUGUCACUUACUUGCCUGUGACACCUGAAGGUUUAAUCAAUUUGGAUGACUUGAAGAAUGCCAUUCGUAAGGACACGGCUUUAGUCUCGAUUAUGGCUGUCAACAACGAAAUUGGUGUUAUUCAACCAAUCAAAGAAAUUGGUCAAAUCUGCAGACAAAACAAGAUUUUCUUCCAUACUGAUGCUGCUCAAGCUUAUGGUAAAAUUCCAAUAGAUGUCAACGAAAUGAACAUCGACUUGAUGUCGAUCUCUUCUCAUAAAAUCUAUGGACCAAAGGGUGUUGGUGCGUGUUAUGUGAGAAGAAGACCAAGAGUGAGAAUUGACCCUAUUAUUUCUGGUGGCGGUCAAGAAAGAGGCUUAAGAUCAGGUACCUUGGCUCCUCCCUUAAUUGCAGGUUUUGGAGAGGCAGCCAGAUUGAUGGUUCAAGAACUGGCAUAUGACAGAAAGCAUAUCGACAAGUUAUCUAACAAGCUUAAAAGUGCCUUGUUGUCAAUUCCAGAUGUCUACUUUAAUGGACCUGCCGAUGUUUCUAAACAUUAUCCAGGCUGUGUUAACUGCUCAUUUGGUUACAUCGAAGGAGAGUCUUUGUUGAUGGCUUUGAAGGACAUCGCUUUAAGUUCUGGUUCUGCUUGUACAUCUGCUUCUUUGGAACCUUCUUAUGUUUUACAUGCUUUAGGUGCUGAUGACACCUUGGCUCACUCCUCUAUCAGAUUUGGUAUCGGAAGAUUUACUACUGAAGAUGAAAUUGACUACGUUAUUGAAGCAAUUAACCAAAGAGUUGACUUCUUGAGAAAGUUGUCUCCAUUAUGGGAAAUGGUUCAAGAAGGUAUAGAUUUGAACACUAUCGAGUGGAGUGGACAUUGAUUUACGUAACUAAUUUGUGCUAAGUCCGGUACCGAAAUGAAGAGAAUCUUGAUGGACGCUGCAGACUCUCUCCCAGUAUAUACAUAUAUAUAGGCUAUCUUAUGAUCUCCCUUUGUGGUCAAUAAAUCAUGAC